AUCAGCUGACCUCCUUCCUCAAAAAUGUAAACAUUGCAGUUCGCUAAUCGCAGUGCAGUGUUAUGUUCCAGUGCAAGCUAUGGGAGGCUGUAGAACGGAUUACAUUAUUUGGUCAUCGGAAUGUGACGAAAUCUCGACGUGAUUUUGACUUAAAGCACACCUUCACGGAAUUUUAAGGAGCAUUUCCCUGCAGUAUUGGAAUGGGUGACAUCCCUCCUUGGUCCAAAUGGAGAACCAAGGGAGCGACGAGGUGGAAAAAAUGAAGACAAAGUUAUUGUCUGUGUGGCACAAUGUGAAAUACAGUUGGGCUCUGAAGUCAAAGACACCAUUCAGCAGAAAUUCCCCUGUGCUUCUUUUGGGAAAAUGUUACCACUUUAAAGUUGAAGAUGAUGAUGGUGAUGUUUCAGAAGCCUCUUCGGAGGCUUCCAACCAAGACUCUGUCGUGGGAAAUGUAGAAGAUUUCCGGAAGGAUUUUGGAUCUCGUGUGUGGCUAACCUAUCGGGAAGAGUUCCCACCUCUGUCUGGCUCUGCGCUGACGUCUGACUGUGGCUGGGGCUGCAUGCUACGAGCUGGACAGAUGAUGCUGGCUCAAGCACUAAUUCUGCAUUUCUUGGGCAGAGACUGGACGUGGUCAGAAGCACUACAGCUCCAGCCUUUAGACUCUGAGUCGUGGACCACCACUGCAGCUAAACGGCUGGUAGCCUCCCUGGAGGCUUCUCUACAGGGUACGCAGAGCAGGCCCUCCGAUCCUGGAUCACCGGAUGUACCUCACGCUCAGGAUGCUGGGUCUGCAGAGGAAGCAGAUGCCCACUUAAAAAAAAUGUACCACAGGACACUGGUUUCAUGGUUUGGAGACAACCCAUCUGCUCAACUGGGCCUACACAAACUGGUGCAAUUAGGCCUAACAAUGGGGAAACAGGCAGGGGACUGGUAUGGACCUGCAGUGGUGGCACACAUUCUCAAGAAAGCCAUGGAGGAAGCGAUGGACCCUGCCUUAGCGGGUGUAACCGCUUAUGUCUCCCAGGACUGUACAGUGUACAGUGCGGAUGUGAUUGACUGCCACAAGGCACCCAGGGCAGGGCACCCAACUGCAUCUACAUCAGAUGCCCCGCCCCCUCCACAAAACGACCAAUCACCGUCUGCAUGCACCCUGCCAGACAGUCAAGCUGUUAUUAUUCUCGUACCCGUGCGACUGGGAGGGGAGAAGACCAACCCUGACUACUUUAACUUUGCAAAGACAAUACUGAGUCUGGAGUACUGCAUAGGCAUCAUCGGAGGGAAGCCCAAGCAGGCCUGCUACUUUGUAGGAUUUCAAGAUGACAGCUUGAUUUACAUGGACCCUCAUUACUGUCAGUCUUUUGUGGAUGUCAGCGUCAGCGAUUUCCCUCUUCAGUCCUAUCAUUGUCCCUCACCCAAGAAGAUGCCUUUCACAAAGAUGGACCCAAGCUGCACCAUCGGAUUUUACUCUAGAAGUGUCCAAGACUAUGAGAAAAUCAGCCAAGAGUUAUCUCGGGUGUUGCAGCCAUCAGCAAGCGACAAAUACCCGGCGUUCACUAUUCUGCAAGGUCAUGGCAGAGAUUACGACCUGUCAGCAGGUUUGACCCCAGAAAAGAGAGUGUGGCCCUUCAUCCGUGACCCGAGAAGGACGGUCACCACUACUGGGGACUUUGUGCUACUUUGACAGAACGCUUUAGCUCCGCGAACAUGGAAUUUUUCACUGUGUGAUGCCUCAAAGCCUUGUGUUGGAGACAGAUGUAACAUUGAAUUUUAAAACCGGUCUGUCCCUGCUGUGCGCGGAACUCCUAGCCAACCCUAUCGAUUCACUUUUUGUGAACUAUUGGAUUGCUGUUAGUGUUAUUUUUAGAGCUCUGCUGAAUUUUGUGACAUAUUUUUAUACUAAUCCGAUAAAGAGAAAAGUAGCGGAAGUACACACUUGUUUCUAAUUUAUAUAUAUUUUUCCCCCCAAAAGAACUAAGACAUUUUAAUACAGGAAUAUUAGCUCAGUACCACCACACUCACUUGUAAUGAAGUGUUGUAGCUCACAUAGGCUCAUUUCGUCGUCUUAUUGAGUCUACAGUAUGUGUUUCUUAUGUUCAGAUUUUUUUUUGUAUAUUAGGUGGAGUUUUACCUUGGUAUGCAUUGAAACACAAAGGUAAACCUCCAUCUAAUCUAUUGUACCUAAAGAAAAUAUAUAUAUAUUUUUACAAAUUUUAUGAUUUUUGUUGUUGUUUUAACCAACAGAACUCAAUAUACUUAAAAAACUGUUAAUUUUAUUUUUUUAAUUUUAAAUACUUAAAACUAAUCACAUAAUGCAGUGUUCUGUUAAAUCAACCCCGAAAUUAAUAUUUUAAUCACAUUUUCCUACAUAAUACAAAUAAUGAUUGUGUUUUUAUGAGCUGAAAACAAUAUUCAACCAAAUGGUAAAAUGUACAAUAAACAUAGGAAACCUUUUAUUCCCCCUUACUCAAAAAAAUAUUCAUGAAAUGUGCUUUUUUUUACAGUUUUGAGAGACAUCAAUAACAAUAGAAAAACAUCUACACAGGCUUAAACCAUUCACUGUUACAUUUUAACUUUU